AUGGGUUCAAUCCGCGGCAUUGUUACUUUGGGAGAUCUCAUAUUCGUUUGUGGUCUUGGGCGGUUCGCCUAUGUGUACCGCGGCAAGCGGCAAGUGUGCAAGGUUUACCUCAAGCAGAAGCUCACGGCCAUCCUACCACUCCAAUCUGCUGAUGUUGCAACCGAUGAUGACGACCAAUCUGAUGAUGGCGAGGAGGGUAGCGGCUCGUCAGAUGGGGAGGUUGUAGACGAUGGAGAAGAUGAUGAGGAAGACGGGCUGGAUGAGCUCGAUGAAAGUGACGGCUCGAGUGAGGGAGACUUCGGUGACUUUGAUGAGGACGAGGUAGAGGAGCCAAAGUCUACUCAGGAGGGCAGAAAGCGGAAACAAAAAUCUCCUGAAGGUGAUUACUUUAUCGAGUAG